GAACCACAAAUUCUCCUGCUGUGUUGUUGUUUUUACAUGUAAAGGGAAGCCAUUGUGCAAUAUUUUUCGAAAAAUCCAUCGCCUCGGCAUUCAGGGCGCAACUCAAAUCGGGCCGAGUUCUGCGUUCGGUCACCGAGUCCAGUCUUACAUCUGCGGUUUUGCGGCUGUCGCGGCCCUCAGAGGCUCGAAGAGGCGCAGUAGGCGGGAAAAUGGAAGAAGAUCGAAAUUCUUCGGCCACCGUCGUAUUACCGGACAUUUCCGAAACCGACGACGGCAUCGCGACGGCGAACGACGAGGAACUCGAAAGCCGAGGUCAAAGCGUGCGAGUCUCGACCGGUGGGAACGUGGUGACGGUGCCUGUGCAGCUCGGGGUCGGCAACGGGACCACCUUCAACGUCAUCACUCAGGACUCAGGGCACGGCCUUCAGCUGCAGAGCGGCGACUUCAAGCCUGUCCUUUGUGUGGACAACAGUUUUCUGUGCGACAGGCCAGACAAAGACACAGCCGAGACUAUUCGUAACUGGGUGCGAAGUGCACAAGGCAUCCAUUGUCUGCAGAAUGGUGAGCUCAAAGGGACGCACACCAUCGUCAUCCAGAGCGACGGCGAGGUGGCCGCCUCGUCCAACGUGCCGCAAACACCGCCAACGCCGCGCGAGGCGUGCAACAAUUCUUGGAACGAGUCGGUCCACCAGCCUGUGUUGCCCGUCCGGUGCAAGAACACGAGUGCCGAGCUGCACAAGGAGCGCUUCGGCUCAGGCGGACGAGGCAAAUGCAUCAAGGUGGGCAACAACUGGUACACGCCUAGCGAGUUCGAGGCCCUUUGCGGUCGGGCGUCGAGCAAGGAUUGGAAAAGAAGCAUAAGAUUUGGAGGUCGAAGUUUACAAACGUUAAUCGACGAGAACAUUUUGACGCCGCAUGCCACAAGCUGCACUUGUUCGGCCUGCUGUGACGACGACUCAGCCGCUGGCCCCAUCAGGUUGUUCACCCCGUACAAGAGGCGGAAGAGGAAGUACACUGGCGACGGCCCUUUGACGAAAAGAGGCAAAGACAUCAGUGGUGGAGAGGACAGCAACGGCGGCUCUUGUAAUGACGACGAAAGCAACGCUGAUAAUGCGGUUGACUCCAUCAUGCAUGUCGGAGACCCUGAUGACUCUGACUUCUUGGUUGGUACUGCAGAUCAAAAAAUGAGCAAGCUAGAGGAGUAUGGGUGCAGAAUUUUAAAACUAGCACAAGGAUUCAAGUCGCAGUUGGAAAAGGUCAAGGAAACGUACAAACAGGAGGUGGAGGAAUUGCGAGAGCGGUUUGCCCGAGAGAAGGAACAGGCGAUUAUGAAUGCCAAACUUGAAACCCAAGUUGUUUGUUCAAGAGCAGUUUUUGAUACACGUUCCAACGAACCGAUUCCUGUCCACGUGGUUGACUCGCUUGAGCCUGCGUGUCUCCAGCCAAGCACCGAGUCGGACGAGAACAAAAAGUGCGCCAACUGCAAUCGAGAGGCUUUUGCCGAGUGCUCCUUGUGUCGUCGGACGCCCUAUUGCUCGACCUUCUGCCAACGCAAAGACUGGGCCGCUCACCAGGGAGAGUGCAUCCGCACUGGUGAUGGCAACGGCAUCACUCAGACCGGUUCGAUCAUGCUGAUUGUGGAAGGUCCAGAUGGCCAAGUCAUUUCGACAUCUGGACCCCAGUAGGACUUUCAACAAAUUAAAAUUGUAUCCAAAGAGGACUGAGUUAGGGUGCGGAAGUGUAGUGUUUUAAGUUAUUGAAUAAUUAUUAUUUAGAGUUUUUAUUCUAGUUCCUAUCCAUUAAGCGCAGGAUGAAUUGUUCAUUUUUAUUUAUUUUUUGUGAUUCAAAACAUCAUCAACAUGAAAUUUGCUGAGAGCUAAUUGACGGAAAAACUCAUUAAAUUGCUUAAUUUUUAAUCUUUGACAUUUUUUGAAAUUCGGAAGGUUAUACUGCAAACAGGUUACAAAAAAUUUUCAAUUACAUUCCUAAUUCUUUAAAACUUUGUAAUUUUUUACACUUCUUUUGAGUGGAUUUCUUUUAUAGAGAUGAGAACUGUAUGAAGUCAUCUAGAGGAGCCAAAUUAUGAUUUUUGUGUGCUGAUUAUUGAAGCUUUGAUUUGACAAUGAUAUUGUAAUGAAUGUCGUAAUACAUCUUAGCAAAACCCGAUUUAAUUCAAUUUGAUUCUAAAAUAACCAUACAUUUAGUAUUGUAGGAAUAAAUCCCAAUAAACCAAAUGUUGGCAGAAAUAUGGUGACCAACUCUUUCCAGAAAUUUA